AUGGGGGCUGUAAAUGAUUCUGUAGUUUCUCUCAAGGAACACUGCACGGGAACAGUAACAUCUCACAGACAUGUAUCUAAUGUCUCUGAAAAAAGGACUUAUAAUGAGUCUAAUCUUGAUGGAAAACAUGAAAAGUCCAUUGAUAAACAAGAAAACCCAUUUGGUUCUGUUUUGUCAGUUUUAAAGCCAUCAUCCAGUAAGUGGACAUUCAAGAAGACACACAUUUGUGUUGAUUCUUCUCAUAGAAAAAGAAAGCAUAAUUCAGAUUAUUUUCAGCAUUUUCCACCUAAAACACACAAUACAAACCUAAAACUGUUUAAAAAGAAUGAAGACAAGAAAGGUGUAAUAACUAAGGUAAAAGAGGUGCAAAAUGUGCAAAACAUGAAAACUUUAAGUCCUGAUCUUUGCAUGAAUGAAAGUGAGAGUAUAAUAGACAAAGACCGUAAUAAUACAGUUAUUGAAAAUUCUGCUUUUCCAUUUCUCCAGAAUGUAGCAACAGAGAAUACACCACAAAAUGAAUGUAUUUCCUCACAGGCUUCUUUUCAUGUUAAUUUUGAUUUGUGCUUCAGUCCUGGAUUCUAUGAAGAAAGCCCCCUACCAGAUGUUAAUAAAGAUGUUUGUAGUAGUGUGCAGGAGCAAAAAGACCCUCUGUGUGUUUCUUCAUCGAAGCAGGUACCACAGAUACAAGAAUUCAAAGACAAAGGACCUGUUCACUCAGAAGGUUUGAAAGAAAAUGAUAGUAAAUCCUAUAUUGUGAACAUAACAGAUAAAAAAGAUAGUAGAAUGUCUGUUGUAGCUGAACUCCAAGGAAGUAUUCAAGCAGAAACUGAGAUUUCAGCUAUAAAUCAUAAGAAAACCAAUGCUGAAUCAAGAAAGAGAUCACUAAAGUUCUCAGCACCCUUUAAAUUACAAGAUCAGAAAGGUUCAAUCUUAUUAGACCAUUGGAUUAAAGCAGUUGAUGCUUCUACAAAAUUUAUGGACACAGGUGAAAGCAAGAAACAAGUUUUUGAGAUUAUUAAGGAAGCUAGUCAUACAAUUUUGCAAGAAAUUAAAAAUGCUGAAGUCAUAUGCAUUUUAAUGUGCAAUUCAGAUAAAGUAGCUGUAAUGCACAGUCGGGAUGAAACAUUAACUGCAUUAAUUAAAUGUAUGGAUGGACAGACAGUAAAGAAACACUUCUAUGCAAUACCACUGACAUCUAUUAAUGAAGACACUAGGAAUCUUGUAAUUCAUAUGCUGAGUUCAGAAGCUGUUGUGUCAUUCGAUGCCAAGAAUUUGAUUUCUUGUUUGGUUAGUAAAUUGAAGAUAGAAUACAAAACAGGUACAGUAAUGGUAAUUAUAUCUAAAAAUUGA